CGUAUGAGAUGAUUGCCGUCUUGCACUGACGUCUGGUGGAAAUACGGUAAAUACUAGCGUGAUAAGCUGAUGACAGCUCGUGUUAUUUUAAAAGCUGAUGCAAAUUAUUUUUGUGAUAUUAUGACUCACAUAUAAUACAGCCGGCUAUUUGCUGAACGCAAAAAGAGUUUAUUAUUAUGAAAUCAACUGUGGAUAGAAUGAAUUACGUACCCUUUAUUUACCUUUGUUUAACCACAAUUUACGGCCUGUCUUACGGGGAAAAAAGCGUAGAAUCAAAACCAGCAACGUGUGAGCUAAAAGCUGUAUUUUCUGCACCAGAGUAUGAAAAAUAUUGCAAUAAGGACAAUACCUCGGUUAUACCUUUGUCGCUACCUUCACUGGACGGUACGAAAAAUGAAGUGAUUUACUUAUGCACAGGUAUCUAUUUUGCUGUAAAUAAAUUUUGCGAGUCUCAUGCUUAUCACUUAGAUAAAAGGGACGAAAUCAGACUGACGAAAUCUUACAUUCUUACGGAAUUAACAAAAGCUGUGAACCAAUCGUCGGAACGGGCAGAGAUAUGUUCUGCCUUAUCGAGUACCUUGUCGAACUCACGUUAUGACAAUAUUAUGAACUACGGUAGAGACAAUAAGGACUCAUCGCUCAAUCUUACGUUACUUAAUGAAACAUUGCGUGUCAAAUGCGACAGGCUCUGUUCUUCCGUCGAGCUUACGGUAUCUGUUAAACCAUUAUGUCCGAUCAUAUUAUGGGUGAAUCGAAUACUUGUCAACAGUAUAGUACCUACGCCAAGAGGCAUUGAUCAAGCGGGGAAAAUUUUGACAUCAAUUGAGUCGACAAAUUCACCCACUUCUAGCAAUGAUAAAACAAAACCAUCUCAACCUUCCGGUCGUAUUCAUUCAGAAAUUUUACAAACUGGCAAAGAUCAAAAUCAACACGAAAAUCAUCCAGACCAAAAACUUUUGACGAUUGCUGAUCCAAAGGUAGGAAAUAAACCUGCGUCAGAUGCAAAGAAAUCAAUAAGUAGUGAGACUCAACGUGAAGAAACUAAAGAAAGCAAUGUUGAGAAAACAAAUGACCAGUCACAUCCUCCAAAAAAUGACUUACCACAUUCUUCGAGCAUUGACGGUAAACCUGAUAAAGUUGCACCUGAUUCAAAACCAAAAGAAAAGGUUGAUCAAACGAAAGCAAUUGCGCCAAAAAAUGUAAAAGAAUCUACUACUGCAAAUAUAAAUUCACCUACGCCUCACCGCACUGAUAAAAAAGAUCAACCAGUCAAGAUCCCCGAUGAGAAACCACAAAGCCAUGAAUUUGAAGAAGUUCGUGACAAUGAAGGUAACGAUGGAGUCGAAGAUCGAGUCGCAGAGAGAACUAAAACAGAUGGUGUAUUAUCUUUGAGUGAAAAGGAUGCUGAGCAAGGAAAGGGCAAUAAUGUACCAAAACCACCACCAGCAAGUACAAUGGAUCCUCCUCAACACUUCUUUACUUAUUUUAUGGCGAUAUCCGUGACAUGCCUUAUUUGUUACAUAGCGUACCACAAGAAACAGAAGAUAAUGGCACUAUUAUUUGAGGGUCGAAAAUCGCGAGGGCGUGGUAGAAGAAGACCAAACACGGCGAACUAUCGAAAGCUUGACUGUACGCUUGAGGAGGCAGUUACUUCGCAGUGUAAUUCUAACGUAACACACGUAAUAUAUUGAUCAGUAAUUUCAAUGACAGUGGAGUAGUUGUCAUUCAGAUUAUGAUCAUUGUUAUAUGAAUAUAAGAAGUAUUUGUAUUCCUUUGUGCUUUAUGUUCCUCGAAAUCUUAUUUUUUCUCAACCCUUUAAUAGUUUUCGUUAUCCAACAAACCACUCGCCACUGUUGUUAAAAUUGUUGUUCAGUGUGACUUGGUACUAAAGAAACACUGUACUACUCUUUGAAUACAGUUUUGAAAUGAGGUUGAAACUAUUUUUACUUCUUGCAAAAAAAAAAUUUACACCAGAAAAUUUUAGUUAUUUCAACCAAUCAAGGUUUAUGAAGUGGCAGAAAAAUGAGGAUGUAAAAUUUUUUAUUUGAGUAAUGAUUUACUUUUCCUACCAUUCCUUAUAAACCUUUGAUAAUAGUUGAAAUAACUGGACUUUAUGAUCAUAUUCAGUUGCGUUGAAGUUACAAUAUGAACUUCAACCUCAUGUCUUGUAGAACUAUUAUCAAUACUUAUGUGUGCUCAUUAAAAUUAAAUGUAAAUUUUUAUUUAAAUAAGGCUCCUUGGAAAAAAAUCUAUGUUUUUAGUCUUAUUGCCUACUCCACACAUCUACGGUGUCCGAUCUAAGAUAGGAUCUUGCAAAACUAUAAUUUCUAGAUAGUACUUUAAUGGAGUCACCAUAUAUUUUUUUUAAACGAAGAUGGACAAGUCAUUUCGCCUAUUUGUUCUUUGAAAAUAAACUCUUCGAUUCCCCAGCUAGAGUAAUUUUCGUAUGGAAAACAUAAGAGAUUCAUACUGCUGGAUUAGAAGAUAGAUUUAUAAGAUCAAGGCGGAAGAAAUGAUAAUCUAUCUUUUUCCCAUAUAAUUCGAAUACUGUGAAUUACACUCUAUUUUUCAAAUAUCAUCUAUAAUAUUACGUUAUUUUUAUUGUACGCAUAUAAUAACAGCAUAACUUUACUAGAUUAUACAUACAGUUAUGACAAUUUGCUAUAAUAAUAGUUGUAUGGUUGAUAGCGAUAAGUAACUGUAAUUUAGUAGUUUAAGUUUUUGUAAUAAGAUUACUGUUGAUAUCUGUGACAUAAUUAAUCGUAGCACAAUAUUGUAUCGCUCUGAACAGAUCCAUAUAUCUUUAUUGCAAUGUUCAAAGUGAGGCAAGAAUUUUUUUAUUUGUCAUUAGAAAUUUGGCGAGUAUUGUUCGUAAAAGAAAAUUAAAGAAAAAUAUAGCAAUUAGCGAUAUCUACAACAGAUUCGCACAAUGUUAAAACCGACUGUCGCGUAGUUGAUAA